AGUAGGGCGUCCGGCUUCCUCGCUGCCUACGUCAUCGACUUUAGGACAGCGUGGAAUGAAUGUGGCAUUGAUUGUAGCGGUGGCUGUGAAGUGGAUCUCGAACUGGUAAAUAUUCCACAAACGGUGACGAUGAGGAGCCCGUUGCGUGUGCUGUAUAUGUGGCUGUUCCCUUUUCUACUCCUCGACUCUGGUCAAGGCGCCAGACAGGGGCAGGAUAUAAAAUGUGGAGCUUGCAGGGCUGUGGUUGAUGAAAUGGAGUGGACAAUCUCUCAGGUGGAUCCCAAGAAAAUGAUCCAGACGGGAUCCUUCAGGAUCAAUCCGGAUGGCAGCCAGUCCGUCAGAGAGGUGCCCUUGGCAAGAUCUGAAGGCCAUCUGCUGGAGGUCAUGGAUGAAGUCUGUGAGAAGAUGAAAGACUAUGGGGAACGCGUUGAGCCCUCAACUAACCGCAAGAUCUAUGUGAGGGUGACCUCUCGGGACGGCAAAGCCAUGGAUCUCUCUGAAACCACACUGGACUCACGAGUCACCUCAAGCCUCAAAUUUGCUUGUGAGACAAUUGUCGAGCAACAUGAGGAUGAGAUCAUUGAAUUCUUCGCCCAUGAGACAGACAAUGUCAAAGACAAACUUUGUAGCAAACGUACAGAUCUGUGUGACCAUGCUCUACACAUACCCCAUGAUGAGCUGUGACCCUCCCCACUCCAUACAUGCUUUUGUACACCCUUUUGCAUUGGAGAGGUAGGGCUGGGGAAAAGCCCACCACUUCCAUCUCUGGCCCUCUCCCCCAUAUGGUAUUUGGGAGGUAGAAGUGAGGACUGAAGCUCUUACUGCCUGGAUCAUAUGAAGAAUCCUGGACUUGGAAUUACAAUGCAGACCACUGCAGUAAUGCAAACUCAUCGCCUCACUUAACCUCUCUUGUGUACUUCUGCAUCCUUGUACUUUAUUUUUAUAAUCCCAAAGGUGUAGGUAAAUCUUGAACAAAUGAAUUGAUUGCUUUUUACAGUUAUUUCUUCCGUUUACUUAUUCGAACAUAUAUCAUAGUACUGUACAUCAUCAGAUACUGGUUUCUCUUGCUGAUUCUUGGAAUGGGAGGCUACACUUCAUAUGGGUUGCAUUUCUUUUUUUGUAGAUUCUUUUUUUACAUGUUUACUGAUUUUCCAGAACAUUUGCUUCCUACUUAUUCAUGUUCAAUUCGGUGAAUGCAAUGUGUUAUGCUGUCCUUUGUAUUUAAUAGACAAUAUUUGCUUUCUCCAUUCCAAAAAUAAUGUCUUCAGUACUUGUCUCUGUCAUUUUCUAAGGCUCUCUUGAUGGAAGUAUAUUUCUAUGGUAUAUUCAUGUCUGCAGUCUUUGCUUUUACUGAAAAGGUUGUGUAUUGGCAAUGUUGGUAAAUAAAAACUGUCUAAUUAUA